AUGAGUGACAAUGGUCAAGGUCAGGACCAAGGCCAAAACGAGAACCAGAAUCCGGAUGUCAAACAGAGUAAUGCAGAAAGUAGAAGACCAUUCGGGAGCGGAAUCCCUAUAAUCCAGGUUAAUCAAGCCCGCGAGAUGUUUCAAAGUACAGUGAGAGCACGUCGUCCAGGAAGUUCACAACCAAGGGAUACUGUUACCAUGAGAGAAAGUUCCGUGAUCAGUACACGUAGUUUGGCGAGCCCAAUGGCUACACAGCGGCCCAAUACAAUGAUGAGUCCAAGGCCUAAAAUGAAGCCAAAAACAACACAAAAUCACCCCCACAAGUCGAAUAAUCCGAAUAACCCGAACUGCGACCAUUGCGGAGUGGUUAUUGUUCCUUCGCCAGUUGCGUCUCUACCAGCUAAGGAUGAUCCUUCAGUAACUAUCGGAGAUUGGACUAUUACCACGACGAAAAGACCAAUUUUAUCUAGCGAUGAGAUCGAUGAAUGGACGGAGAAACUUCACUUCCCGAUACCUGAGAUGAUAUUUGGUAAUUCUGGGGUGGAAAUAAUCAACAAUAGCACGAAUUGGUGGAUUAAAUUUAGUCCCUUCCAUGCAUUGAGCGAAGUGAAGUUGGGGGACUCUGGUCUUCGAGUCUCUUAUUCAGAAAAGUGGCUUAAUUCAAAACUGAAAUCGAGCCAAAUUUCCAAUACGGAGGAAGGCUUACAAUUUGGUAAGCAUUGGGACUGGUCAUACACAACGCUAUACAAAGGUACCACGAAUGAAGAUUCUGAUUACGAAUUUGUGAGAGAUGAUGAUUAUCAGUUACCUAUAGAUAAGUUGUCCCGCAGGGAUCCUAUUUUAUUCUAUGACGAUUUUAUACUUUUCGAAGAUGAACUAGCAGACAAUGGAAUCAGUAUACUUUCGAUCAAGCUCCGAGUAAUGGCCGAACGACUCUUAUUGUUAUGCCGAUUCUUCUUGAGAGUUGACGAGGUUCUCUUCAAGAUUGUGGACACGAGACUCUAUAUUGAAUUUGCGGAAGAACUUGUAGUGAGGGAGUGGAAAUACAUGGAAGAUGAUUAUAAGACAGUAUUGAAUAAAUGUAAGAUGAACUCCAGUGAUCCAAAACGAUCGCUAAGGGAUAGUAAUUGGGUCGGAUCAGUGCUACCGUUGAAGGAACGUGUCUGCGAGGUCUUAAGAAAAAAAGAGACGGUAUAA